AUGACCCUUGACCGUCAGAUCCUCAACCAGACCCUGAAGCAGUCACACCCUCCAGCACCCAGCGGUGGUCUUCCGGUGAGGCACGGACAUGUGUCUCCCGACAAUGACGCGGGCCUCACAGGGAGCCCAUUCACAAAGUUGCUAACUCUCGGGGAAGAAGAUGACAGUGUGGAGUGGCAUAUGGAGGACGUUAUUGAGGAUAUAAUCGGUAUGGAAUCAAGUUUUAAAGAGGAAGGAACAGACUCUCCUCUGCUAAUGCAAAAAACAUUAUCUGGAAAUAUUCUGGAUGUGUAUAGUGGUGAGCAGGGGAUUCCACCAGCUAAUAUGGGACUAACAAGUGUUUCCUGUCCAAAUAGUCUACCAAUGAAAAGAGAAAUUACAGAAACUGAUACUCGAGCUUUGGCAAAAGAGAGGCAAAAAAAGGAUAACCACAACCUCAUUGAAAGAAGAAGAAGGUAUAAUAUUAAUUACCGAAUCAAGGAGCUUGGCACUCUUAUUCCAAGGUCUAAUGAUCCUGAUGCGCGCUGGAACAAAGGAACCAUUCUAAAAGCAUCAGUGGAGUACAUCAAGUGGCUACAAAAAGAACACCAGAGAGCCCGAGACUUAGAACACAGACAGAAGAAAUUAGAGCAGGCUAACCGGCGGCUUCUCCUCCGCAUUCAGGAACUAGAAAUACAGGCUCGUGCACAUGGUCUGCCAACCCUGGCUUCUCUUGCCACAGUUGACGCAGGUGCUCAGGUCACCAAACAACAGACCCAUCCGGAGCAGAAUUCAGUAGACUAUUGCCAACAUCUGACUGUGUCUCAGGGACCAAGCCCUGAACUCUGCGAUCAAGCUAUGCCCUUCUCUGAUCCUUUGUCACAUUUCACUGAUUUAUCAUUUAGUGCCGCUUUGAAAGAGGAACAAAGAUUGGAUGUCAUGUUACUGGAUGACACAAUAUCUCCGUUUGGAACAGACCCUCUGCUGUCCGCCACUUCCCCUGCAGUUUCCAAAGAGGGCAGCAGAAGAAGUAGUUUUAGCUCAGACGAUGGUGAUGAGUUAUAA